CAUGGAUGUAAAGCAAGAAACGAAUGGAUGGGAGUAUUGCUCAGUCGCAGGAGGAGGAAGGACUGUUGAUCCUUCAUAUCAACAACAACAACAAGGUCAAACCAUCGAGGUCAAACAGGAAGUAGAUGAAGUUGGGACUGUCACAAAUACAGGUCUAAACCAAUGGAUCACACAAGAAGAAAAUCAAACCAUCACCAUCAAGCUACAAUUGCUUGAAGAUUCAACCCUCACCAAUGAAGGUCAAGAUCAGUGUACCACACAAGGUCAAACUAUCAUCAUCAAACAGGAAGUAGAUAAAGACAUGACCAGCCCCUAUACAGGUCAAGACCAAUAUACCACACAAGAUCAAACCAUUACCGUCAAACAGGUAGUAGAUGAAGACAUGACCAACCCCGAUAGAGGUCAAGACCAAUGUACUACACAAGAUCAAACCAUCACCAUCGAACAGGUAGUAGGUGAAAACAUGACCAACCCCGAUACAGGUCAAGACCAAUAUACUACACAAGAUCAAACCACCACCAUCAAACAGGAAAUAGAUGAAGACAUGACCAAUCCCGAUACAGGUCAAGACCAAUAUACCACACAAGAUCAAACCAUCACCAUCAAACAGGAAGUAGAUGAAGAGAUGACCAACCCCGAUACAGGUCAAGACCAAUGUACUACACAAGAUCAAACCAUCACCAUCAAACAGGUAGUAGAUGAAGACAUGACCAAUCCCGAUACAGGCCAAGACCAACGUACUACACAAGAUAAAGAGUUUAAGAGUGAAGCGGACAAGAGACAACCUAACGCAACGGAGUGCAGUGGAGAGAAGGCACAUCGAUGUUUACAAUGCAUGAAGAUAUUCACGGAUGAGAGCACUUUAACUCUAUAUCUUAAAGCAUGCCUUGGAGGAGAAGAAUUCGUUCGCAGUCAUAGACCAGAGCUAGAUAUGAGCUUUCAGUGUCCCUAUCGAGAUAAAAUUUUUGAUUGUGAUAGUAAUCUAAUGACCCAUGUGGGAACGCUUGGAAAUAGAGAUAAGCCCUUUAUUUGCUGUCAUUGUACGAGAAGUUUUGCCCAAAAGGACCUUCUUAAACAUCAUAUCAUGACAACACAUACUGGAGAAAAACCUCAUCAUUGCUCUCAAUGUGAGAAGGGGUUCCCAACAAAUAGAGAUCUUAUUCAUCACGUGAGAACACAUACAGGAGAAAAACCUGAUCUUUGUGAGAAGAGAUUUUCUAGAAAAUUCCAUGCUGGAGAAAAGCCUUAUCAUUGCUCUCAUUGUGAGAAGAGAUUUUCUGAAAAGCGUUAUCUUACUGUUCACCUAAGAACACAUAAUGGAGAAAAACCCUAUGUUUGCUCUCAUUGUGAGAAGAGAUUUUCUAAAAAGAGUUAUCUUACCCGUCAUCUAAGAACACAUACAGGAGAAAAACCUUAUCAUUGCUCUUGUUGUGAGAAGAAAUUUUCUCUCAAGGGUAAUCUUGUCCAUCAUAUACGAACACAUACUGGAGAAAAACCUUAUGUUUGCUCUCAUUGUGAGAAGAGAUUUUCUAAAAAGAGUCAUCUUACCCGUCAUCUAAGAACGCAUACUGGAGAAAAGUCUUAUGCUUGCUCUCAUUGUGAGAAGAGAUUUUCUGAGAAAAACAUAUUAACCUAUCAUGUAAGAACACAUACUGGAGGAAAACCUUAUCAUUGCUCUCAUUGUGAGAAGAGAUAUUCUCAAAAGUAUCAUCUAACCCUUCACAUCUUAAGAACACAUAGUGUAGAAAAGCCUUAUGCUUGCUCUCAUUGUGAGAAGAGAUUUUCUGAGAAAAUCACAUUUACCCGUCAUGUAAGAACACAUACUGAAGAAAAACCUCAUGUUUGCUCUCAUUGUGAGAAGAAAUUUCCUAAAAAGAGUUAUCUUACCCGUCAUCUAAGAACACAUACAGGAGAAAAACCUUAUCAUUGCUCUUGUUGUGAGAAGAAAUUUUCUCUCAAGUAUAAUCUUGUCCAUCAUAUAAGAACACACACUGGAGAAAAACCUUAUGUUUGCUCUCACUGUGAGAAGAGAUUUUGUAGAAGAUCCAGUCUUACCCUUCAUCUAAGAACACAUACAGGAGAAAAACCUUAUCAUUGCUCUUGUUGUGAGAAGAAAUUUUCUGACAAGGGUGAUCUUGCCCAUCAUAUAAGAACACAUACUGGAGAAAAACCUUAUGUUUGCUCUCAUUGUGAGAAGAGAUUUUCUAAAAAGAGUUAUCUUACCCGUCAUCUAAGAACACAUACAGGAGAAAAACCUUAUCAUUGCUCUUGUUGUGAGAAGAAAUUUUCUGACAAGGGUAAUCUUGCCCAUCAUAUAAGAACACAUACUGGAGAAAAACCUUAUGUUUGCUCUCAUUGUGAGAAGAGAGUUUCUAAAAAGAGUCAUCUUACCCUUCAUCUAAGAACGCAUUCUGGAGAAAGGUCUUAUGCUUGCUCUCAUUGUGAGAAGAGAUUUUCAGAGAAAAACACAUUUACCCAUCAUGUAAGAUCACAUACUGGAGAAAAACCUCAUGUUUGCUUUCAUUGUGAGAAGAGAUUUUCUCAAAAGAGUUGUCUUACCCGUCAUCUAAGAACACAUACAGGAGAAAAACCUUAUCAUUGCUCUUGUUGUGAGAAGAAAUUUUCUCUCAAGGGUAAUCUUGUCCAUCAUAUAAGAACACAUACUGGAGAAAAACCUUAUGUUUGCUCUCAUUGUGAGAAGAGAUUUUCUAAAAAGAGUUAUCUUACCCGUCAUCUAAGAACACAUACAGGAGAAAAACCUUAUCAUUGCUCUUGUUGUGAGAAGAAAUUUUCUGACAAGGGUAAUCUUGCCCAUCAUAUAAGAACACAUACUGGAGAAAAACCUUAUGUUUGCUCUCAUUGUGAGAAGAGAUUUUCUAAAAAGAGUUAUCUUACCCUUCAUCUAAGAACCCAUACAGGAGAAUGACCUUAUCAUUGCUCUUGUUGUGAGAAGAAAUUUUCUGACAAGGGUAAUCUUGCCCAUCAUAUAAGAACACAUACUGGAGAAAAACCUUAUGCUUGCUCUCAUUGUGAGAAGAGAUUUUCU